CGGUUCCCUCUGCGGCACCUUCCCACAAUACGGGUCCUGUCGAGGGAGAAAGGAGAGGACGACGCGGCUUUCGGACAAAAAAGGAACACCCGUUCGGACACGCGGGCGCUCUCUUCCUGUCCUGCUUCCUGUCGCACUGUUCGCACCCACCUGUCAACUAUCGAUAGUCAAGACGCAGGCUAACAAACAGCCACGGCACAACCCCUCAAGAAAGAACAAUGUCCCCUGCCUCACCAACCACCUCCGCCAGCACCACACCUCAGCCUUGCCUCGUCUGCUCAGCCCGGCUAGCAUCCACCGUUGCGACCACAUCAUCCACCACAACAACACAACCCCCACCAGCCGAAUACGCACCCGUCCCCUGCGGCCACCGCAGCCUGUGCAAGUCGUGUGCGAUGAAGCAGGCCACGGGUGGGAAGUGUCGCCUUUGUGGCGGUUUCUUUGCGGAGGUGAAGAGGGUUGAAGAGGCAAGGGAGGUGGAGGAAGGGCAAGGAGUGGGAAGCGAGAGUGGGAGUGAGAAUGAGCGCGAGGAUUAGAAAAUGAGUGGAGUCGGAGUGAGGUUCAGAGUGGAAUGCAGCCAGGGCUUUCGUUCGCUCGUAACGGAGUAGAGCGCGGAGGCUAAGGAUUUGUACCUCAAAUGUUACAUACGUCGUGUUUGGCAUCACUAUGAAUAUAUUUUGACACUGCCUCUACGGGGGAGCUCAGCGUCUGUGCAUCCCAUAAUAUGCCGCAUCCCAUCUGCUUUCUCCUUCGCCGUGAUCUCGAGGCACCGGAAAGUCGAAUAUUUCGCUGCGAUAAAUCAUGGGUGGAUGUCUAGCUGCGCUGCCUCUAAUACUCGAUCAAUGCAACUAUCUAGCUGAAUGACAUGUCGGCAAUUUCGAUAGAUGUUCUCUCAUGCG